UCCGUGCGAGGCUGCACUCGACCUGUCCUCUCCUCGUCUCAGCGAACCGACGGAUCGAUACUUUAUUUGGAUUAACUACAGAUAAAAAGACAUCCACUAUGGCUUCUCGAGCAGGUCCGAGAGCAGCAGGUACAGACGGCAGUGACUUUCAGCACCGCGAGCGAGUGGCAUCACACUACCAGAUGAGCGUCGCCCUGAAGUCCGAAAUACGGAAACUCAACAUCGUCCACGUGCUGAUCUGGGUGCUGAUGGCAGCUCAGGUGACAGCGAGCCAGCUGAGCCUGGUGUCCCACAAGGUCGUUGCCACUCCGUACCAGUGGGAGUACCCAUAUCUGCUGAGCGCGAUCCCCACAGUCUUCAGCUUCUUGGCGUUGCCGCGCAACAACAUCAGCUACUUGGUCAUCUCCAUGAUCAGCGCCGGGCUCUUCUGCGUGGCCCCGCUAAUCUACGGCAGCAUGGAAAUGUUCCCGGUGGCACAGCAGCUCUAUCGCCACGGCAAAGCCUACCGCUUCAUCUUUGGCUUCUCCGCCGUGUCAGUCAUGUACUUGGUGAUCGUCAUUGCCGUGCAGGUCCACGGCUGGCAGAUCUACUACAGCAAAAAGCUGCUUGACCAGUGGUUCACCAGCACGCAGGACAAGAAGAAGAAAUGAGUUUUGGGAACUGAUCACUGAGUUGUUGCCAAGAUGAAGAGAAGAGACUGUCGAGUGGAAAAUUAUCGUGCUUCUUCAAAACGAUUCUUCGGCUUGCACAAGAUUAUUCCCAAAACUGCCUGUGACUGCUGCUGUCACGCUGCACACGGGCCCUCCCGGACACUGUCAUCAAGCAGUCAAUGUUUUCUGUUUGUGCCUCGUCAUUGCAGGUACAGAUGCAGUAUUGCAUAAAAACAUCAAUAUGUUCCUCAUUUAUAUUGUAAGUAAUUUUAAAUAUGAAGCGGUCCCCUGAUUUUUGCCAUUCUGUAAAAUUGUGCCUCUUGCAGUGUCCCUGAUCUAGAUAGUUUCAAAUAAGUAUAUUUGAGUUAAUGUUUGGUCUGAAAUUAACAGAAACUUUAAGAGCAGAUAAAUCUUUAUUGAUAUUUGUAUACCCAGCAAAAAAGUCAUCGCAUUGAUCAUUUCAGACAUUCAGAUUGAAACAAACAUGUUCAAAAGUAGUAAAAGUAUUUGUACACGUCAAGAAAAAACAUUGAAAUUUAGCUUUUCAUCGUUAAAGAAAAAUUGAGUUAUUUAGUUAAAAAUCACCCUAAAAAUGUCAACACAGCAUAUGUAUUUCACAAUAAAAUGUUUGAAAUCCAAA